AUGCCGUACUACGAAUACGACCACACGUACUACGAUCGACCACCUCGGCCCUAUCACCCGCGAUCCUCGUCGCGGUCGCCUUACCAUUUGGAAGACCUCUACGCGGCGCUGCCUGGCGAACUUGUCUGGGCCGCCACGUACCCGGCUCGCAUCAACCGCGACGUUCCGCCCUUAAUGGACCAGUCGGAGGAUCGCGAAGAGCCGCCGGCCGAGAGUCGAAAGCGUCGGGAGAAGAAGAGCAGCGGACCGACGCAAACAGAGGACGGGGGCGGUGGUGAGGGGAGUCGUGAUGCGACUAAUCGCGGCAAGCAGACCGACAGCAAGACUCUCGCUAUCGCGCGCCGCUCCCCGUCCGGCGCCAACCCUCAGGUCGCGAUCCGCCUCCGUGAGCGACGGCUCAUCGAGACCAGACUGUUGUUGACCCAACUCCACGCGCAGCUUGAGACGGCAUACAACGUCUAUAAGUCGCUCGACGACAGGUUCAAGAAACAUUGCGACACCGUCACGAGCUUUGCCAACGCAGACACAUUGGACAGGGUUUGGACCGAUAUGGUACAGUUGGAGCUAAGACAAUGGGAGGCUCAAUCCGAGAAACCGGCCGACUUCGACUCCGUCACGGCACAGAUCGGCCUCUGCUUGAGACACCUUCAGUCAGCCGAGAAGGAGAGGCUGCCCCCUGUCCCCGGCUUUCACGAGAAAAACGCCGUCAUCGAGCGCCACAUUAGGAAAGUCAUCAAGGAUGUCGAGGAAAUCGUAGAGCUCGCCGAGAGAGCCCACAUGAAUCAUGAUGCUUGUGGGUAUCUGGUCUGGUAUUUGAACAGGGCCUGGGCUUCAUCUGACCCAGAGUCCGUGGUGUGGAAAGGCCUCUUGGGCAACCUACCGGCAGCGGAGAAGGCCUAUGCACCAACCAAUACCAGCAGCAAUUAG